AUGGAAAAAUCAAAUAAAACACCUUAUGAAAUAUUGAGAGUUUCUCAAAACAUUGACUAUGUUAAAUUACGUAUAUAUUAUCGACAAAUAAUUCAUGAUUAUAAGCAAAAUAAAAUUUCAGCUGAAGAAUUUCGAUCGAAAAUUCGUGCAUAUGAAACAUUAUCCGAUUAUGAUAAACGUAAAAAGUAUGAUUCUCAAAAAGAAUGGAUCUCUGAUCUACCAUUAAUACAAUAUACAACACAACAAUUAGCUGCUGAACCUGCACUAAUAUCAAUUUUAAAAGAUCGAUUACGUCAUGCUAAUUUAACAAAAAUCAAUGCUCAAGAUCCAAUAACAGGUCAUACAACACUUUAUUGUGCAGCACGUGCUGGUAAUGUAGCAGCUGUACAAUUUUUAACAGAACAAGGAGCUGAACCUGACUUAUCACAACGUACGAAAAGUACGGCUUUACAUGUUGCUUCAUUUUAUGGACAUGCUGAUGUUGUUCGUUGUCUAUUGGAGAGUGGAGCCGAUUAUCGAAUAUUAAAUGUAGGUAAUAAAACAGCACAAGACGAAGCAAUUAAUGAAGAUGUUGAAUGUGCCUUUAUUGAACUUAAACAGAUGCCAUACGUUAGAGCUGCUGCUAAUGAAAUUGAUUGGUUUUCGAACAGUAAUUUAUUAGAACAUAUUGAUGAAGAAUAUUAUUCUCAACGUCAAACAUUGUUACAUUGUGCUAGUAAAAAAGGCUAUUUGGAUCUUGUACAUCUAUUUGUCGAAAAAUUAUCGGCUAAUAUUGAUAUUGUUGAUGUAAAUGGAAAUUCUGCUUUACAUCUUGCAGCUUAUGGUGGUCAUGUUGAGAUUGUUAAUUAUCUUCUUAACCAAGGUUGUAAUUCAAUUCUUAACAAUCGAUGGGGUUUAACAGCUGAACAAGAAGGUAGUAAACACGGUAAUAAUAUAACUGAUAUUUUUCAAUCUAUGCGUAAUCAAGAUAUGUUUGAAAUGGCACGUAAAGGUAUAGAUUGGUGGUUUCAAUAUUAUUUUGAUACUAGAUCACCAGAUACAAUAGAUUCUGAAGGUAUAAGCUUACUUCAUCAUGCAUGUUGUCAUGGACAAUAUACGAUUGCUAAAUGGUUGUUAGAACAUAAAGCUAAUAUUAAUAUGCGAAUGAAAGAAACGCCUAAAAAUACGUCAUUACACAUAGCAAAAUAUUAUGGUCAUCUAAAAAUUAUUGAACUUCUACUUGAAUAUGGUGCAGAUGUAACUAUUAAAAAUGAUUAUAGAGCAACUGUUUUUGAAGAAAGAUUUUCUAAAGAAGUCAAUCAUGAUAUAGCAAGAAAAAUUUAUGAUCUUUUAUUACAAUAUCGAAAUAAUCUCAAGCAUCACAAAUUAAUUGAUGUUCAUAUAUAUUUAGAUGAAGAUCAAGAUGGUGACGAUGAUCCAAAAGUCAAAAUACAAUUGCAUCAUGCUGAUACAUAUGAUGAUCUAUUAUAUGCAUUGCCUAGCUAUUUAAAAAAUCAAUGUAAUUAUUUUUCUAUAGCUCGACGACCAUUACAUUUUGAGAAGAAAGAAACAACUAUAAUAUCUGCCGUAGGUCGUGCACGUUAUAGAAAUUCAAAAUUUAUUGAUACACCACUUCGUCUUACUCUUCAUAAGAAACCACCUAAUGAAAAUAAUAGUCAUCAAUGUAUUCGACAAGAUCCUAAAUUUGAUUUUUAUUCAUACAAUAAAUACUUUCAAACUAAAGCAAGUGUCAUUAAUGUUCAAUUAAAACCUUCAGCAGAUAAGCAAAUAAUCAAUGUUGGUGAUUUAACAUUCACGUUCUCUGAAAGUUCUAUCAAAGAUAACAUUGAAUUUGAAGUCAGAGCACUUUUUUCAACUGAUAUUGAAAUGUUUACUUUACCAGGAUGUAUCUGUCUGUUCGAAACAAGCCUUUAUGAAGAUACUCACAAACUUCUAGAACUUCCUUUCGUAUCAAUGACUAAUCAACUAAAUGCUCGUCUAUAUACAUUGGCUAUAUCUACUCCUUAUUGGUUUAGUUGUGACACUCGGCGAACACGUCUUCCGAUGCUUGAUGGUAUUCAUGCAUUCAUACAACAUGUUAGUGUUAUUCCAAUCGAACUUAUAUUAUCAGUAGAUAUGCUUAUUUCAGCUACUAUUGAAAAACCAUUAAUUUCACGAGAACAACCUGUCAAAUGUACUUGUUUAGUUUUACAAGAGCAUGAUUCGAUUAACUUUCCAGAAAUUGCUUAUCAUGGAACGAAUAUUUCAGUUGUUCGAUCAAUCCUUGUCGAUGGACUCGUCGUACCGGGAACGGUAGUCAGCAAUGGAUCACGUGUUACUCGUCGUAAAAAUCAUAUCCGACGGAACCGUGAAGCUUUCAAUAUUACUGAUUAUGCUGAUGCUAUUUUUUUAAGUCCUAGUGUACAUUAUAGUUGUGAUCCAACAUAUGCUGUAGCCUUUCCUUAUGGUGAUCGACAAUUGCUACCCGUCUUUGAAUGUAGUGUGAAGAAAAAUGGCUAUUCUCAUUUUCCGUGCACUGUUUCACAAUAUACUGCACAUUCAGAUGAUAAUUUACAAGCCAUUGAAUGGAGAAUUCUAGAUCCAGAAAAUAUUGCAAUAAAUGCUAUACUAUUUAUUCCGACGAUCGAUUCACUUGAAACUAUAAAACGAGAAAGAAUUACUAAACUUACUACAAGUUCAAUUAGUACGUAA